AUGCGCUUAGACGCAACAGAUUUGAGAUAUAUUACAAACGAUGAGUUUAGAGUUCUCACCGCUUGCGAGAUGGGCUCAAAGAACCACGAAGUUGUGCCUUCUUCUUUGAUCAAUCAGAUCUCUGGGCUUAGAUCCGGUGGCGCUAAUAAGAUGCUUGGUGUACUUGCCAAGCGUAACCUCGUUGCCCGCGUUCAAAAUACUAAAUACGAUGGUUAUAGACUCACUUACGGUGGUUAUGAUUACUUGGCUCUCAGGGCAAUGAGCAAGCGCGAUACUGUUUACUCUGUCGGUAAUCAGAUCGGUGUCGGUAAAGAAUCUGACAUUUUCGUUGUUGCUAAUAAAGAGGGUGAACAGCGUGUGUUGAAGAUACAUAGACUUGGUCGUGUCUCUUUCAGAGCUAUAAAGUCAAAAAGAGACUACCUCGGCAAACGUAAAUCUGCAACUUGGAUGUACAUGUCCAGAUUAUCUGCUCAGAAAGAAUAUGCUUUCAUGCAAGUUCUUCAUAAGCACGGCUUCCCUGUUCCAACUCCCCUUGAUCAAGUACGGCACACUGUUUUAAUGUCUUUGGAGGAUGCCUUACCACUUCGAUCUAUUGCUCAAGUUGAAGAUCCAGCAAAACUAUGCACUCAGUUAUUCGACUUGAUUGUUCGUCUGGCAGAAGCUGGUCUCGUUCAUGGUGAUUUCAACGAGUUUAACAUUCUUAUUAGAUCAGCUGAUGGUCAGCCUGUGCUCAUUGAUUUCCCACAAAUGAUUUCAGUUAGUCAUCCAAAUGCUGAAGAGUACUUUGAUCGCGAUGUUCAUUGCAUCGUCAAGUUUUUCGAUAAAAGAUUCAGGUAUCAGCCUGAUUCUUGGCCUUCUUUCGAUGAUGUAGUUGAUAAAAGCCAGGUUGCUCUUCUUGCUGAGGUUAUGACAACCGGUUUUGGCGCUAGAGAGCAGUCAAUGUUGGAUCAACAUUAUAUAGAAGAACAAAACAACAAGCCGAAGGACGGAGAUGAGGAUAUAGAGGGUAGUGAGGAUGAAAAUAGUGAAAAUGAGAGUAGUGAGAAUGAGGAUGAUGAUGAUGAAGAUGAAGAGGAAGAAGAGGGUAGUGACUCAGGAAGCAAUGGCAAUGGAGAUCAAAGUGAAGAGCAGGUUACAGAUGACAAAGGAGUGCCAACAAAUCUCAUGAAGUCGCUCAAACUCCAAAGCCGAAGGAAAGAGCAUCGUGCAAACAACAGAAAUAACGAAGAGGAGGGUACUUCUGUAGCAGAGAAGGUUGCUUUGGAUCUACACAAGCAAUCUUCUCGCAAAGCUCGUAAACACCACGGCAGAAAAUCUACUAGAGAAGCAGGUAAAGCGAAAGGACACAAAUGGAAACAAAACGCAAAAGUUAACGUUGACAACGAUUGGUAA